UCCAAAUUUAGCCUCGGAGACUGUAGGCGAGCAUCGAAGCAGUACGCUAUUUUCAAUGUCAGCGCCCCCACUAUGUCGUCGUCGCGUUGUGAGCUCGACCCAGCUCUGUGGCUACAAGAGCGGGAAAUGCCCACAUCCUCGCGCGAUCAAACUCAAUGGGGGGCUCCAUUCGCUAUGCGCAUUUCACCGGGACAAGCAAAACGCUCACCAACGCAAGAGCGACCGCAAAAUGCGAUGCGAAAAGAAGAUAUGUGACAGCCAACUCGUCGAUCAUGCAAAAGACUCCGAUUUUUGGAACUGCGUGGACGGGCCUCCCGACUCACUUUUGUUUCAAACCGACGCGAUGCCAGUCCCAAGAACAAUGUCCGCGGCGUUGGACCCCCAUCGCCAUCAUUCCUUCCAGUUGACACGCAAACCAACUCGACUGCCCUCCAUUCGAUCCCUUUUCCAAGCCCAACGCUUGCGAGUGCCACGUUUACUCGUUGAAACCAUGGACAACCCCGACGAUGUCAUACCUACCCGGUUCUACAGUUGAGCUGGCGGAUGAUUUAAUCGUAUAAUGUUUUUGGUCGAC